CAGCAACCCAACGGCGCUGGCGGUUUGUAUCGCUCCGUGGCAAAAAAAGCCAUUUUCCUUCGUACACCUGUCAUCUCCGUCCAGCGUUCGCCAUUAGAAACCUAGCCGGAUCUGAUAGCUGUUUGCGGCAAGCAACACCUCAACGGAGAACAACCUAAAUAGUGAAGUGUUCCGCAGUGAAAGACGCCAACAUGUCCGGGAGGUUUGUGAGCGCGUGCAAAGAAGAAUUGGAGGUGCGAAACUGUGGAUUCGCGCAUCUUCCCGCCGAGGAGUUCGUCAAGUCUCAGUGGCAAUCUCGAACGAAGUCGAUCCUCUUCCUGCUAUAUCGAUUGGCAUUGGCGAUCUUCUUCACCGGCGUCGUCAUCAACUCGAUGGUGGUCUCGGUUGAGCAGGACGAGUUCAGCAAGUACUUCAUCUACCUGACGCACUGGGGCAUCCUUCUCUGCAUGGGGACGACCGUGAUGGGUGCGGUCCUGGUAAUGAUUUGGUACUUCCACCCAGAGUACUCCGAGAAAAUUUGCAACUCCGAUGAAAUGCCCAACUCCUUCAAGGUGUACUGGAUGCUGCACAACAUCACACUCAUCCUGUCGGUGUGCAUCACCAUCAUCUACUGGACGAUACUGCACAAUGAAACCAUGCCAGUCGACCCGAACAACAUCCUAAUUCACGCCUGCAAUUGCGUGUUCAUGUUUCUCGAUCUGAUCAUCGUGGCGUACCCGGUGCGAAUCUUUCACGUGCUGCAACCGAUCGCUUUCGGACUGCUGUACUGCAUAUUCUCGGUCAUCUACUACGCCGCCGACGGAACGGACAGGUUCGGACGGCCCUACAUCUAUAACGUUCUCGACUGGAAUGAGCCGGGAAAAGCGAUGAUCACCGUAGUUGGCACGAUCGUGCUAGCGAUGCUCGUGCACAUGCUGAUGUUCGCCAUCUACAAGCUACGAUUGAAGAUCUACCUGCGGUACUUUAACCACAAACCUAUCAUACCGACCAACUCGACGCUGCAGCUACAAACUGGUAAAUGCGACGGCAUUUCCAUGGUGUAUGGCAACGACAACAAGGCGUUUACCAUCGGGGAGCGGUACUGAAGAAUUAAUGAGACCGUCCAGAGGAAGGCACAUCACUAUGCACUACAUGUGCUAUAGCAUUGCACUACACACUAAUUGUU